CUCCUCCUUCUCCUCCAUCAUCCUCAUCUCACUUUGCGCAUCCACAGGCUGCAGCAGCAGAGCGAUAUGAGUUUACACGGAUACAUUCAAACGUAGCUUUUCUUCCCUGCUCUCUGAAAAUCCUUCAAAUAGAGAUGAGGGAUUUUUGAGUUUAAGGCAUCUGGAAACCCCCGCCUCAUUUGAAAUAUUUGCUUUGUCACAUUCAAUUUGCUUUAAUUUAGAUCAUGAUGGAAUUACGCGUAUUUGGCACGCGUCUUUACGCAUAUGCGUGCGUCUGUUUUUUUGUUUUUAUUCUGCAAACUGCACAGUCUCAGAGGGAGGCUGGGACACAGCAAAGAGCCGCUCUCCGGCAGACGCUGCAGUGGUCACACAAUGGGAAGGUUUUUAGCAUUUUAAGCCAAGGCUCGCAGUAUCAGCCCGCGAGGCGGAGAGGCGCACCGCAGGAGCAAGUGCACGCGCGACCUCUCACUAUCAUCCGUGAUGGGGACGCGAGACAUCCGGACACCUCGAGCCAGUCGCAGCAGCAGCAGCAGCCUCCCCGGCCGGCGUCCAACCCGCACAGCCCCCGUGGGCUCUCGCCUCCGCUCCAGCGGCUCGUGAGAGGGCGCGAGCACCGCCAGCAUCACCAGGAGCGCCCCGAGGAGACGCAGAAAAGAGCCAAUGAGACCCAGGAUAAAGCCACCGUUAGUCCGCCUGUACCCCGGAGAGAAGACAUGAUGGUGGGCGACGACCCCUACGACCCCUACAAAUCCAUCGACAGCGAUAAUCCAUACUACAAUUAUUAUGACGUGUACGAGAGACCAAGGCCGAGAGCGAGACCUGGAUAUGGCACAAGCUAUCAUCAGUACGGUCUGCCUGAUCUCGUACCUGAUCCCUACUACAUCCAAGCUUCAGCCUACGCCCAGAGAGUCCCAAUGUAUAACCUGAGAUGUGCAGCUGAGGAGAACUGUCUGUCAAGCUCUGCCUAUAGAUCCAGUGUUCGAGACUACGACACGCGCAUGCUGCUGAGGUUUCCUCAGAAAGUGAAGAACCAGGGGACAGCAGACUUCCUCCCCAGCAGGCCACGUUACUCCUGGGAGUGGCACAGCUGUCACCAGCACUUCCACAGCAUGGACGAAUUCAGCCACUACGACCUCCUGGAUGCCACCACUCAGCACUCAGUGGCCGAGGGUCACAAGGCCAGUUUCUGCUUGGAGGACACUUCCUGUGACUACGGCUACUACAGGAGAUACGCCUGCACCGCACACACACAGGGUCUGAGCCCGGGAUGUUAUGAUACCUACAAUGCAGACAUCGACUGCCAGUGGAUCGACAUUACAGAUGUGAAACCUGGACAGUACACCCUCAAGAUCAGCGUAAACCCGUACUAUCAGGUCGAAGAAAGUGACUACAGCAACAACAUUGUGCGCUGUGAUGUUCGCUACACUGGCAACUACGCCUAUGUGUCUGGUUGUCACAUGUCACCGUAUUAAGACAUGACAGCCAUUCACAGCAUGUUCUGUUAAGACAAUAAUGAGGACUGCAUAUGCAAGUUAAUUUGUAAUUGUUAGACAAACAUUUUAUUUAAAAUACUUCAUGUAAAAAGCAGUUAUCAUCUGCUACAAUGCCAGGUAAUGUUUAGUUCUUCUUUCUUGUGUGUGAAGGCAGUUCUUAUCCACUCUCCUCUUCUUACUAAUGCGCAUAAUUCUAUCAAACUGCUUCCUGUAUUUUCCAUGUCUUUUUAUUCAGUUGUACUGUAUGCUUGCAUUUUUUCACCUACAAAUACAUAAAGUUAGAAGCUUAUAAAUGCCAAAAGCAGACAUAAACUAGCUCUCUCUCAUUGUUAAGUCAGGUGUAUCACUAUUUUAAAAUACUGAAAAAAAUAUUUUUUAUAUUUAUAAGCAACAGAAGAAACUCUACUUAAAAGCUUUUGUGAUAUGUGGUGGAAAUAAAAACAGUUUGGAUGUUG